AAAGUGAAAUGCAUCGCCCACGAGAUUUUGCCAAAACACAUUCGUUUCGUACACUAGACCGCAUUUGCGUUGUGUUGGAAGAGUAUGGUCGGAGGCUCUCGAAAACUUCAUACAAAGAGUCGAAACGGGUGUGGACAAUGUAAGAAGAGAAGAGUUAGAUGCGAUUGUAUUGGGCCGAGAUGCAGCAAUUGCAGAAGACGCGGUGAAACAUGCGAGUUCAACUCCGUAUCACACUCGCAGCAUCAUAGGGCCACAUCACCAGCUAGCGAUCAACAACAUGGAGAGCAAGCUGUCGGUUUCUAUCUCGGUCCUCAUCCCGCAGCGCUAGAUCUCGAAGCCCUCGAGCUUCUACAUCAUUACCUCACCACCACAUCGCUUACUAGUCUUCUAUUACAGGACGCUGCUAUGCUAAGAGUCUGGCAAUUGGAGCUUCCACUUGCAGCACAAUCGCACGACUUUCUGAUGCAUGCUCUCCUUGCGUUAGCAGCUCUUCACAAGGCUCACUUAUGCCCAGCUACUCAGUCCAAGUAUUAUCUUCAGGCACUGCAACAUCAAACUAAAGGCUCUGAAAAGUUUCGUUCCGUCGUUGAAUACGUCAGCAAGAGCAAUAGCACCGCCGUCUUUGGAUUCUCGGUCAUUGUUGCAAUGUCCCAAUUUAAAUACUGCGCCGGGAUGUUAUAUUCAACGCCAGCACAGGGCAUGGACACUAUUAUCGAUGUCAUUACAACACUCAGGAGAACUUUCCAGCUAGCGAUCCAACACGACGCCCUAUUCCAAGAGAGCAGCUUUGGCAUCCUGCCAGCGCGUAUGAAAAGAUUGCACAUGAGUUCUCUGGACGUAAAUACAGAACUUGCUUUGGAAGCACUGGAAGCAUUGGAACAGAUGAAUCUAACAUCAGAUACAUUGCAGGAAGAAAAAGAAGUCAGCUCUUCCACAAUUGGACAGUUGAGGCGGUGGUAUCGUAUCGUUUCUGCAUUUCCCAGGACGUGGGGCUUGGUCAUAAGAUGGCCAAUGGUAGUCUCAUCCGAAUAUCUCGCACUACUUCAAGCAAGACGUCCAAUGGCAUUGGUGAUACUAACGUACUGGUGUGUGCCGGUGCACCGCGUGAAACCUCGAUGGUUCAUUGAUGGGUGGGCAGAAAGUGUUGUGAGGAUAAUUGCUUCGAUAUUACCUGAGGCCUGGAAGCAAGCUAUAAGUUGGCCAAUAAAUGAGAUGAAUCUAGGACAUAUUUUUUGACCUCCCCCGUCCGAAUUAUUGCAGUUAUGACUGCCAAUUGUUAGGAAGUAUGACAUGGGGCUUCGCUUGCCAGCUCGAAGUGAUAGUAAAGCGAUGAGAUGGAUCCUUCCAAUGUCGGUCCGGCCCGGGAUGGCAAGGGAGUUGUUUAAUGGAGAUGUCCAAUUCGCAUAGACCAUAUUAUAAUCAAUAAUCAG